CCGAGGGGGGAAAUCCGGACGUAUUUUUCAUGGAUCGCCUGUAUAGUGAUCACAGAUUAAUUUGAAACGUUUUUUUUGUAUGAAUCGCUGCUUAGUAUACACAGCCUUAUACGGUCGAGAGGGAGAGGAAUAUCUUUCGCAGUUUCCUUAAAAAAAACGGGUCACCCCUAAUCUUACGACUCAUUCGGUAUAUGUGUUUUUAUAAAUAUGCAUAAAUGUAUAUAAUCUAUGGUUUACGAUUUUUUGUCUGUCAUUUCGAUUAUUGGUAAACAUCAUCGAAUACAGUAAACGUCAAUAACUUUAUAAAUAGGUAAGUACUAUUUAUUUAUAUUUUACAUUAUGUACACAAAGUAGUUAUUUAUGGUAAAAAAUGACGAUGGCAUUGUUUAUGUUGAAUACAAAACUUUUCGUAGGUAUAUUAUUAUAAACUUUUCCUGUAUCAACUUACGAUAGCAUUGUGGUUGAUUUUAACACAUGAAUUAGGCGAAGUAUACUCCAAGGUAGGUUACAUACGUGCGGGAUAAAUGGAUCUAUUACUAGGUUGGAGUUGUUUUAUAACUUUUCAUACACUUUAUCGAUUUUUUUUGGAUCUAGUCAAGUGUUGCUAUUUACACAUUAUUAUGAUAUCGUGUUUGUACCGGUGGCAUCGUUGAGUUUAGCAAAUAAGGUGAAGGAGAUAUUUGGAGUAAUCUGGUUUAGAAGAAACCUCUUUUGAGGACGUUUUACAUUUGAUUUAUUAAAACGUGAGCAACAAUUUGUAAUACCAUUCGAUCACAGUAUAUUGUCGACACGGUAUUUGUGUAUGUAUUAAUACAAUUCCGUAAUGUAUUAUGUAUGGUCGUCUGACACCAGAUGAUCCAGCGUACGUGAUUGACAAAUAUUUAUUUGCUAAGAGUUAAUUUUUUGGUGGGCAACUUACCCGAGUUGAAAUAUAUUGUUAAAAUAGUUUAUUGAAAUGUUUAAAGUGGAUAAGAGAAUUUUGGAACAAAGGGAGAAAUCAUAAAUACUUUUAGAUCCACUUUGUUCGAGACUUAAUUAUUUGAAUCUUAUGAGAGUGUACGAAACGCAAGUACAGCUUAAAACUGUGGUGCAUGAUUAGAAUACAACUUUGUGUAUUUUCAAAUUUGGAGUUUCACCUAAAUACAUUUCAUGAAGUUUUUGUCUUGAAAUGUGUCACUUGAGUUCAAAGGUUUUUUUUCAUAAUAAAUUUGUUUGUAAUAGUUAUAUAUCCAAUUUGGUUAAUUGUUUGUUUUGUGUUAGAUAAAAAUGGCUACAUUUUUUGGAUUGGGAGACAGUGUUUUGAGAAGAGUGCUGGUAGAGGGACAAGGUGUCUCUACUAGUCGAAUUUAUGGCAAGCUCGUCGUGGACUUGUGCAUCGGCGGGCAAACGAUUUCGCAAUUGAGAAAAAGAGUCGAACGCUCACGAAGUGACGAAUCGGAAUGGUUUGUGCCUAGAAAUACGCCUCUGGUCGUUUUGAUAGGAACCAACGAUAUUUUAAGAAGUGGCAGAGCUUCUGUUGUCUUUAAUAAUCUUAAACGGUUAUUAAUUACAUUGGAAAAGUGGUCGAGGAUAACUCCCAUCACCUUGUGUACUCUUCCUCCAAUAAAGCAUGCAAGUCCCGAUGUUCGACAUCAGUUGCAUAAAUACAACACGUCGAUUAGAACGUUGUGUUCUAAUCGAUGUGAUGUAUUUAGGCUAUUGGACUUGUAUGCCUUAUUGGACGCGGAGAAUUAUGAGGGCCACUUUUUCGAACGUGACGGUAUUCAUCCAAAUAGAGAGGGGCUUUUGAGAAUUUAUGAUUCCAUAAGUAAUUUUGUAGGAAUUGUAUAACAUGAAUACUUUUUCGAACAGCAAAUACAUUUUUCUGCUUUGUUGAUGCAGUUUGAAGGGUUGAGAUAGAGAACUGUUAGUGAAAUGACUAAGCGUAAGGUCAAAAUUUGAGAACAAUUGGCGCAAUUUAAAUUUCUCUAUGGCUCAUCUUUAAAAAAACACCGUGUAUAAGGUACAAAAGAAAUGAAAAUUAUUACAAUGAAGAGAUAUUGGUCUUAAAAGUUUUCAAAUUUGAUUCCAAAUAUUACAAUCUACGUUAUAGUUACCAACCUUUUGAAUAGCGUAAAUCCUUCAAAAAAACUAUUUUGUUUGUUUUAAUAAAAUUAAUAGGAAAUUGAGGUAAGUGAGAUAAAUACAAAACGCAAGGAUAGAUUUGAUAUUAUGGAUGUUAAUUCAGAUACAGUAAUUAUGAAUGAAAUGGUCGUUUGUUAUAGGUUUAGAAAAUUUGGUCAAUAAAAAAUGUUCGAAUUUUUUGGGAGGAGCUUAACUGCAUCUGUAGUGUGAUGUGAACAAAUAAUAUAUAUUAAUUACCUGACCUCGCGACUCCACCGCAUCGGUUUCCGUCUAAAAAUAAGAUGAAAACGGUAUAAUUUUAUAAAUAUAUAGCUACAGUAGACCUUCGCCAAUUCGAACAGGAUGAAAGUGUA